CUUCACGCAGGCUAGGUUAGUAGCGCGGUAGUUUUUAAAUAGAUUGGAAACGGCGGGACACCCAAUUCACGGGUUGAAAAAUACUUUUUGAACUGUAUGAGUUAGUGUAUUGGUGUACUUAAUUAGUGAAAUUGCAAAAUGGAUAAAAGAGUCUAUCUAAUUUUCGUCCUGAACUUUUUCUGCGUAUAUGCUGCACUUAGUAUCACGGAAGUAAGAGGUCCGAAUUCCGUGGAAUAUGGAAGCACGGAAGAUGUAAUCUUAGACUGCGAUUUCGAGGCGACCGAUGAAAGGGAUCUGGAAAUAAAAUGGUUUUACAAUGGAAACGACCAAGUGAUCUAUCAGUGGAUACCAGAUUCUAAUAAACCUGGGUACGCUAUGGGCCAACUAAAAGACCACAUUGAUGUUCAAUAUGUUGCGACCAAUGACUCGAAUACAAGGUAUAGAGCCCUGAGGAUAUUUGAUGUUAACAUGAAUUUAACAGGAAACUACACUUGCAAAGUGAGCAGUUACCUCAGUGAGGACACCAAGACGAAGCAACUUAUUGUUUAUAUUCCUGCGCAAUCUGGGCUAGAGGCAACUCUAAUGGAAGACGAAAAAAUAGUGAGCUGUUCCACUUCUGGAGUUUUUCCGAAACCUGAAAUGAACAUUUACUUGUAUGAAGGAAACAAUAAAACAGAUAUAUCAAACAGUACUGGAGAAAAUUUUAUAGAGUAUAAUUUGGAUGAGAACGAAUAUUACAACCUUACUGCAAUUUAUUUCUUUCCAAAUCUAGAAGAUUUUCCAAGAAAUACAAAAUUUGUAUGUGAGUUAACCAUACCCGGUACCGACUACUUGGAAGAGAAAGCUGUGAUAUAUCAAGGAGUCGAGAUAAAAGAAUAUGAUCUAGAUGAAGAAGUGUAUUGGAAUAUGACCAACUUUACCUCAACUGAAGAGUAUUUCUACAGUACAAACAUUACGGAAGACAACUCGGCUGCCAUCCAUUCACCGGGAGUGAGGUUAUCAGCAAUGCUAGCCUUUCUACUGCUAAUACUGUGUAAAUGAGUUUGUGAUGUAAAUUUAUAAUGGGGAAUAGUUUUGUGAUAAAGAAACCAACAGUUUAUUGUUUAAAGUGUAAAAUAUGUAAUUAAAUGUAUAUAAAACAUUGUUAAAUUUGUAAAAUUAUUGUACAAAAUUUGCACCAAAGCUAAAAUAAGGAGUUGUAAAUAUACCAACGAAAAAUAUAUUAUAAGAUAAUUUAUUUUUUGUAA